UUUCAGGCUGGGUGAAAGUUAUUAGAAGAAAUGGUUGAAGAGGCAGGAAAGUGGUGUGGGUCCUGAAAAUGUCGUUCACCUGCUUACUGAGGCGCUGAGAGGCGGAUUAUCGAUCAACUAGAUGCCUUGUGGCCUUGGAGGGAAUGGAAUGCCCUUGUGGCCUCCUGCAGGAAAACUGAAAGACAAACGAAAUAGUAAAAGUGGGGACUCGGCCUUAGCUUCCAAUAGCCUCUGCCUGGCUCUCAGCCCCCGAGUGUGAGGAAGGUUCUGGGCCGGAUAUGUCACUCCUGGUAGUGUGUAACAGUUCAGUGUAAAUAAACUUUGAAGAGUUUUCUAGGUUUUAAAACGGAGUCAUAAGAAAAAGAAACCUGUUCAGUGGUUAUUUAGUUGUAAAAUUUACAAGUUUGGACAGAGAGUUUUGGAGUAUGUGUUGCAAUUUAUGUCCUUGCCUUUUUCUUUCUUCAAUCCACAGACCUCCUUUCUAAUGCAUCCUCUUGAUGCGAUCUCUUUUUAUCUCCCCACCCCAAAAUUCAUCGUUCCUUAAUUUUCUCAUAAAGGAAUCCAGCAUCGUAUCUUUCGGCUUUACCACUUUCCAGUCUUUCCCUGCUUUCUAACCCAUCUUUUCAGUUGCUUUUAUUAUCCUCUUUCAGAUACUUUACAUUUAGGAUACACUCCAAAGUCCUUAGUAUGACAUUCAGCCUCUGCCUUCCUUACAACCCGGUCGUUAAACUGAUCACUCACUCACUUUACAUUUUAAUAACACUAGGUCGAUUGUUUCCUGACUUACUGCCUCAUGCUUUGGCAUUGCUGAAUAAUCCAAUCCUUCUCUCUUUCUGUAACAUUUUUAUGCUGUAGUUUGCCAAGUAAAUCUCCACCUGUAGAACAAAAUUUGAGAGUGUUGUUCGUACCCAUUUUCUCCAAUUUACCUCUUCUGUUGAUUGCACCCAGUCCUCUCAGGCUUUUGUUCCUACCAUUCUGGUAGAAUUGGUCUUGUGAUAGUCACUAAUGUCUUCCAUGUUGCUAAAAUUGAAGGUCUUUUUCAUCGUAUUUGAUAUAAGCAGCAUUUUACACAGCUGAUCAUUACUUGGGUUUUGAGACAUUUCCUUCAGGGCACUGCUUUUACUUGUACCUCUCUGGAAGAUAUUUUUCAGUCUCUUAUUGUUUCCUUUUGAUCUACCAGAUCUCUAACGCAGAGCACCCUGAGUCUUAGGACCUUUGCUUAUUUACAUUUCCUAGGUUAUCUUACUCUGCCUGGUGCCAUUUAAAUACCAUUUACAUGCAGACAACUCAAACUUAUCUCUCACGCAGACCACUUAUACGGAACUUGUUAUUCACAUAUCCAGCUGUCUAAUCAACAUCUCAGGAAAUUGUUCUUCGCAUCUCCAUAUAGAGCAAAACUAAUUUUUUAACUUGCUACUGCCAGAAACUUAAUGGUCACCCUUGAUUGUUGUGGCAUGUCCUACAUCUAUCUAUUCUUAUGCAAAUCUUGGGUUUACUUUGAUAAUAUGUACAAGAACACUUCUCACCACCACUAUUGCAACCUUGUUUGAAGCCACGAUCAUCUUUGGUAUGGAUUAUCACUUGCUAACCAUAGUUCCGGCUUUGACCCUUGUUGCUUUUAAGGGACGACUCUUUCAAAGAGAAGUGAGCUGCCACUCUUCUGUGUGUCCAGUCUCACUUAGCACUUUGACAAGACGAGGCCACAGUCCAGCUCACUGCCCCUCUUGCCUCGUCUCCCCAAAGAAAGGAGUGCUUUUUUUGUAAACCACAUGAAGGUGUCCCGUGGGCUGGUAGUGUGUCCUAUUGGACGUCACAGCUGCAUCUCUGACUUCUCUCCCUUUGUCUUUCUCUUCUAGAGGGCUUGCUGUGCUCUAACACUGUCCCACUUUGUGGUCUUUGGACUUGCUGUACUCUUUGCUCAACAACUUCUUCAGGAAUCUCCAAGACCUUCCGUUUUCAGACUUCUGAGAUCAUCACCUUGCCAAUUUAUCAAAGUUUUGGCUUUGUUGCAAAAACUGGUUGAGAUUUAAUGUUCUUCUGGUGAAAAGUGUGCAUAUUGUGACUUAUGUCAGCCCAAGAAAUACACAAACAUACCAUCCUCCCUCCUAUCAUUAGCAGAAGUGACAAGGAAUUUUUGGAAAAUAUGCGGAGAUACAUAACUACAGAAACUGAAAGAGUGGGCUGUGAUGAGAAAGGACCUGCUGAUGAAUAUUAUAUCAUAUACAGAAAUGUUUUUGACAAGGUAAUAGAGCAUGUUACUGCAUACAAAUCGAUUCUUACUUCAAUCAAAAAAGAGUAUGAUGCCUUUGUUGACACAAUAAAGAAAAGCCAGAGAACCGCUUUUGCUCUUCAGAGAAAACUGAAGGCUUUGGCCACCGAGCCUACAGCUUUGGUACAUCACCAGAGGAGAACAAUGCAGCUCCAAGAAAAAAUAAGAAUUAUUAAAAAUAAUUCCUUGAAGAUUCAAUUGCAAAUAGAUCAAGUGAAACACCUGAGGGCAGACUAUGAUGCAAAAGAAGUGAAAUACUGUACUUUCACCAGAGAUGCUUCAAAACCUAUUCCAGGUAUGACUCUCCAAGAGUCUGUCAAUUUAGAUGCUCUCAGUAAAUAUAUGAAACGACUCGAAGAUAAGUAUGUAGAAAUUAAACAAGCUAUGUCAGUAAAAUAUAUACCGGCUCAAAAGAAGGCUGAUUUAGAUCAGGAAAUGAUUGUGUUACUAAAACGGCGAGAUAUAGCAGAAAAUCUGAACAAAGAAUUACAGUUUCGCUAUCAAAGACUGCAGAUUGUUUCAUAUGCACUUACGUCAUGGGUAAAAUCUGAUAUGAGCAGCUCAUUUCAAGACUUCGUGGACCAAAUUCAGAAAACCAUGGGUUUAAAUGGUGACCAAGGCAUUUUGGAAGAACUGUUUGAAGAUGACCCAAGCAAGGCAAAAGAUGCUGAAAUUAUGCUUUACUACAUUGAAAGGUUCAAUGAAUUAAUGUCACUUGGUGAAUAUGAAAAGGCGGCUUGUUUUGCAGCAAACAGUCCUAGAAGAAUUCUACGAAACGUGAAUAUAAUGAACAAAUUUAAGGCUGUUGGAAGAAUAAAAGGAAAGACUCUUCCAUUACUUUUAUUUUUUGAGGCUAUAUUUAGCACAAGUCACGCUUUUAGAAGUCCUGUUGAUGCAUAUCUAACUUUGGAAGGAAUCAAAUGUGGACUGUCUGAAAAACGGCUUGAUUUAGUUAUCCACUGGGUCACCCAGGAAAACAUAACCUUUUCUGAGGAGGCUGGAGAUGUGAUUAGUGAUUAUGGAGAGCAAGAUACUUUUCACAAGGCCAAGUGCUUGGCGUUAGCUCAGAUUAUCUACAGCAAAUGUGGUCUGCACAAGAAAACGCUUCUGUGCCUGUGUAAACAGGGUCAGAUCCAUGAGGCCAUAGAAUACAUGCAACGGUUUAGGGACUUGACUGCAGAUGACCUGGUGCAGCUAAUAACAUCAUGUCCUCAAGCUGAACUAAUUCAGUCUCUCACUGAAGAAAGGAGUGGGAACCUGCCGUUUUUAUCUUUGGGGCUUAUAAUACUUCAUCUGUUCUCUAUAAAUAUGGAAGAAGUUGGGAUUAAGCUACUUCAAGAAAUAAAUAAAGGUGGGAAAGAUGCCGUAGAACACCUUAUGAUGAGCGAUCCACUUUGCUCACUAGAAACAUGGCAAGACGUGGCAGUCGUGUGCUCACAAAAUGGCUUUAACAGAUUAUCUGGUGACAUCGUGUCCAUUCUUCGGUCUCAGGCUGGAGUUACAGAAAUUUCUGAAGAAGAUGAAAAAGUGAACCCGAUGGAACAUGUUUUUUGGUAGCUCUAUAUUUUUACCGGUCGAGGGAGCUGGUACAACAUUGUAUGUAUGUCAGCUGAGCAAACUGGUUUUGGCAUAAUUAUAAAUAAAUCGAGCAUACAAAGCUCUCAACUAAAUGACACUAAUUUCAUUAUGAUAUUUAGGUUUUCCUUGAAACAUUUAUAUUAUUGAUUUCUUUUCCCAUGUGGUCAUUUCCUACAUUGAAUUUUGAUAAAAUCCAAGAUUAGAACAGUGUAAAAUUGGACAGGGACUUUGGGGACAUAAGCUAAUUCCUGGAUAGGUUCUUUUCUGGUAAUUUGAUUUGAUAGCGAGGACUGAAGAAGGUGAGGGUGGUGUUCUGCCUGCAGGCAAACUGCCCAAAUUUCAAAUUCUACGAGCCUGCCUUGAAGACAACAACAGAUGUUAUUUCAAGGUUAACUUGCUGGCAAAAUCUAGAGUGCAGUAAUUUUUUACUACUGAUUUAAAGAUGUCACAUGCUUUGGUGUUUAUAAAUACGGCAAAGGUUAGGCUUCUAAUGCAAUUAGAAGUCGUAGCUUGUUCUUCUUUAGAGGGAGGAACCAGCCAAUUUUUUCGUAGAAGUUGACCUGAAAUACCUGUAGGCAGAGUAAAUAUGUCCCAAGAGUGGUUUCUUUUUAUUAUUUCAAGUGUCUGAAUAAGUAUCUGAAAACCCAGAGUUCCGGGGCCUAGGGUUUAGCUCAGCAGCAUAAGCACCUGUCUAGCAAGUGUGAGGUUGUGAGUUUGAUCCCCGGUAUCAAUCAAUCAAUCAAUCAAUCAAUCAGAAAACCCAGAGUUCUGUGCCAUUGACAAGUGUGAUACUAAAACCGAUCAAGCAGAACGGAUACCCAGGUAAUCAGAACAGCUUUCAGGCCUUAUGCCACAUGAGAAUCUAUGAGCUGAAUGUCCACCUUGAUGAAGGGUUAAAGUGAACUGUGUUAGAGCAAAAAGCAUGUAUUUUCCUUCCUAAAUUUAAAUUGAAUGUGGAUUUUUUUAUGGUGGAAAGAAUGUGAAGUUGGAGUCAGCCUUAUAUAAAAAUUCUGACGCAGUCUUUUACUCAUCUGUGAAAUAUAGGUAGUAAUAUCUACUUAGGUUUAUGAGGAUUACUGCUGACUUUUAUGUGAAGUGUAAAUGUAGCACAUAAUGCAGGAAUUUAGUAGAGACAGCUGUUAUUUGUAGGAAGCUGCAGAAACAAGAAUUAAUCUGCUUACUUUACACUUACAAAAUUCCACAUUUUUACCUAUUUGUAUGAUAUAAUUGUACUUAUCUGAAGUAUUUGAUAUAUUGGUAUAACUUAUUGCCUAUAUUAAGGUAUCCAAGCUCAUAUUAUGGUUGCCUGAAAUAUAUUAUAAAUCUAGAAGUAUACUGGCCAAGACUAAUUUUUCUGUAUUGUGCUAAACACAGAACUAGAUAAUUAUAAUUCAGUUUUUGAAAACUUAAUAUUUUUACCAAAGUAAUGCACAUGCAUAGUCUAAAAACCAGUGUAUUACUAAGAUGCUUACAGUAACUAAUAACAUUUUUAUUUCUAAACUUUUAUAUUAACUGUGAUUUAAAAACAAAACAAAACAGAAGAAAGCAUUAAAAAAGAGGGACAGAAAGUGGAUAUUUCAGCAGACUGCUUCCUGAUGUACCAAUGGCUUAAAACCCUUUUUACUAUGAGACCUGUAUGAUUAAUAGAAUGCUACGUGAGUUCAUUAACAGAACUCAGUGGGGAAAUGUGGUCAUUGAAGGCCAGCAGAAUGAAGUACAUAAAUAAUCUGGAGCAAGGUUGAAACAGUAGCUGUUAGCUUUGCCCUGGUUUAAAAAUGUUUAUCCUUAUUAUUCCUUCUCAGAUCGUUACCUCACGGAAAGUGCAAGUUGUCAAGUGAAUAUGAAUUACAAUGUCUAAGUGGGGAGGAAAGAUAAGAAUAU